AUGACCAACUUCUUACACUCGUCGCCGUCACGACUGACUAUUGAUCCCCUCAUGUAUGGGUUUGUUGAUGGUGAGAAGAAGAAGGGGUCCGAUGGAAACAUAGCAGAAAACAACAAUAAUAGUAAUAAUUCCAAUAACAAUCAUAUUAAUAAUAAUAAUCCAAAUAAUACUGGUGAAAGGACUAAUAGUAAUGGAGGUGGUGGGAAUUCUGCCAUUAGUUCAGUUCCCCCUUCUGCUCAAAAGUUUUAUUCCACCGGUUUUACUGGUUGGACUCCAUUAAUAUCCAAGACAGUGUUUAAUGACCAACUCAUUUCUUGUAAUUCACCCAAUGGAAAAUGGUAUCAACCAGGCACUGGUGCUGGUGGUACCGAAGUUGAUUAUUCCCAAGGACUUAGCUUAACACCAUUUCUUACCCACAACCUUCAAUCGGGAGGUGGACCAUCCGGAGGAUAUGGUCAAUAUACCCCAUUUCAUGACAAAUCAAUGCAUUUAACCGAUUUCUUUAUGGAUUCUCCAAUUAGACAUACUCCUCUUAGAGAUUUGGACACUAUUACACCAUCAAAGUUUAAAAUACAAAGUACAGAAAAAAAUUCUGUCAGACAAUUAAUAUUUCAAGAUGCAAAGAAUAAUAGUACUAAAAGAUCAAUUACUCAAGUCGAUACUCCUCCUCGUCAGCCUUAUAAAUUAUCGAAUUUAUCAGUUAUGAAUAAAGAAAAUGAUGGACCAGAGAAUAAGGAAGGAAUCGCAGAAUUACAAGAUGAUGUUGGCGAGAAAGAAAAUAUGAAUAUAGGGAAAGAGAAUAAGAAAGAAGUCGGAAAUGAUGAGGAUGAUGAAGAUGAAGAUGAAGAUGAUGUCAUUCCUUCAAAAUAUAUCAUGCAAACCCCAUCGAAAUCAGUUUUGACGGAUAUUUCUAAAAACUUUAAUAUGUCAAAAGCUUCACAAACACCAUUAAAUAAGUUUGAAACACCAAAGGGGAAUGUAAUUCCCCAAUCAUCUCCAUCCACUGUCAUUAUGUCUAGUACCACUAGGGAAGGACAAGGACGAGAGUCAAUCUCAACUGCUUCAGUAGUACCACCCAGUCCUACCCCCAAAAAGGAAAUGAAUAGUAAAGCACCAUGCCAACAGAUCAUUGAUGGUGAUGGGUUCAAACCUGCAAUGGGAGUCUUUUCAGAAAGAAAGUCAAAACCAAAGACUACUACAACAUUUAAAGGUAAUAUUCCUUCUAACCCCCAAGUUACAAAAUCAAAGAAUAAGGCCCAAAUGCAAGCCGGCAUGAGUAAAUUUCAAAUUGUUUUCACGGAUGUGCAUACGUUAAUGAACGGAAAGAAUAAGAAAAAAACAAAUGGCUCCGGAGGUAGCGGUAGUAAUAGUAAUAACGGCAAGAGUAAGAGGGUUGUAUCUGAACCAAUAAGUCAUAGUGCAGGUAUGCCUGGGCUCAAGGUUCCAGAAAUCAAGGGACCAGAACUUGGAUAUACAGACCAUAACAUUACGAAAGACAGCAUAAUAUCAGUGAACAAUAGCUCUAUGAACACAAGCAACUUAAACAUGUCCACUGAUCAUUCUUCGUUUGAUUUGGGAGGAACUUCAUCUACGCCUAAUUCCAAGUUUUUCUUGGAUAGAAUGUUUGAUAAGCCUUCACCACAGGGGAAGGUACAGCCUCCAAUGUACUAUGCAAUGCAACCAGUAUAUGGUAAUAUGCCACCACCUAACACAAGGGCACCACCACCGCCUCAACAACAACAAAUGGGGGUUUCUGGUGCACAACAACCGGUGAUGAUGAUGACCAUGAGCACUCCACAACACCAAAAUGUAGUGAACUACACAGGGUAUGGAUCUAAUAAUGAACAAUCUCCAAACUCGGAAACUAAUGCAGAUGGACAGUAUACUGCUUUUUCGUACCAUGCAUUACAAGCUGCAUUUCCCAAGGAGAAUCCACAAGGGAUUGACUUGGUGCCUCAAAGCCAGGCACAUUUUUCUCGUCACCAACAAUCCAUAGCGAACAAGAAAGAUGAUGGGCUGAACAUUUCACCUUUAUGA